AAUUCCAUAACGUUUUGACAUUCUUUACAUCUGUAAUUCUUUGCAGUAUUUAUAUAUGUGAGAAUUUUGGAGAUGGGUCUAUAAGAUCUGUGAAGUUCGAUGGUUUUUAAGUUGAAUGAGAGUCAGAAAGAGUUAAAAGGGUUAUUGAGUACGACCAAUCAAGCAAUUUAUCAUGGAUGUCGUCAGUCAGUUGCAGAAACAAUUUGUUGAUUACUCCACAUCUCUGUAUCGUGAGGGGUUCUUGGAUGAUCAGUUUGUACAGCUUCAGAAACUGCAAGAUGAGAGUAACCCAGAUUUUGUGGUUGAGGUGGUGUCUCUUUUCUUUGAGGAUUCUGAGAAACUUAUUAACAAUCUGGCCAGCGCUCUGUGA